UUGAAGAUUACGACGAUGAGGAAUACUCCUUACUCACUAGCACUUUUGACAAGCCAGAGGAGAAAAAUCGGAGGUCGUCCACUCUUGGGUCGAGUUCGAUUUUGUCACCAUCUAAAGUCACUUCGCCAUCGACGUCGUCAUUUUCAUCAUCCUCAUCAUUAUCAUCGACACCACCACCACCUCCUCCACCUCUCCCUAAAGCUGUGAUUUCACCUUCAAGAACAUUCACUGGAGAUACACGGGAUGAUAAAAAGACACUUUUGGCUAACAUCCGUGGAAAAUUGCACAAGAAAUGGGAAGAGCUUUCUGGCGAAUCUGGCUCUAGCCCUGAAAAUGAGAAUGAAAAGUGUCCAAGCCCUCUUCGGAAGCAAAAUUCUGACGAGAGCUGCGAGUCACAAAGUCCAAAAAUCAAUUCCAAAUCUGCAGUCGUUGACUCUAUCAAUAUGUCACAGGAAAUUGAGCAAGGUGAGGAACUCACCGAAGACAUUGUGCCAGACAGUUGGGAUACAGAUGAUGAUUCUGGUCUCUCAGAAAACUUGUUGGUAUGCAAAACCUCUGACGGGACCAGCACAAUCCAGCUGUCUCCACCGGCACGUUCGUCACGAAUGUCUAUUCGCGAAAGAUUCCGUGGGAGUAAAAUGAUCAAAAACAUAGUGGACCCGGUUCCCAUAAAAAUGUCAAACCUCCAAUCAAAAUCAAACCCUGAGGAAUUUGUCGAUAACGAUGGCAGAAUUUAUUAUGAUGUUGAGGAUGAGGAAAAAAACCAGAAUCCGAUGGUAAAAGAUAACGAUACAGUGACGGAAGACUCUGCUGUGAAGAAUACUGCCAAAAGUGUUUGUAGAGAUAGAACUAUACCAACCCAGAAACUUCUAAUCAUAUCUGUAUCCCUAUUUAUCUAUCUAAUUACUCCCAUGCCACCUUACCUUGCCGGUGUUAUCACUGGCGCUGCAGUUACCUCAAUAAUAUGGGUUGCCUAUUUUUGCUUCAAGAAUGCUUACAACUCUGCAAAACGAGAGGAUCUUUCUACUAAGCACAAUAAUGCUUCCCUCUCUAUUAGUCAGUUACCACCCCUCCUGGUACCAGAAAUGAAAGAACCCAAGUUGGAAGAUACCAUUAUUUACAAAGGAUGGAUGAAUGAACUGUACUACUAUGAUCCGGACAACUAUCACAUAAAUAAAACCAAUUCUGUGUAUGUUCGCCUUGAAGGAGUUACCUUGCGCCUUUCCACUCCCAAAACUAAUGUACCAAAGCGUGCUAUGUUUGAUGAAAAUCUUUCUAAUCCAACCUUCAUCAACCAGCGCCAUUAUGAUUUGAACAGCUGUCGUGUGUUUCUUCUUCCUGCAGGACUUGUUAAGAAACGCCUCUGGAGUAAAAAAUACCCAAUAUGUAUUGAUUUGACUAGAAACAGUGCUUGCAAAUCUGCCCCUUCCUUGCAAAAGAAGCCAUUAAAAGACAAUGCUUCCUCCCCCAGCACUGACAUGGGCUUCGAAGUCAUUUCUACAGAAUUGCUCAAUCCUACAAUUCUUUAUUUAUUUGCUCGUACUGGGAGAGAGAAAGAAGAAUGGUACAACAGGUUUCAUGCCGCAUCUCUGGGCUUGCCUUUGGGGAACCACAUCCAAGACAUUCAUAAUGCUUUAAAAGUACCUCCCCAUCAUAAACGCAGUGACUCUGACACUAAUAUCGGUAUAGCUGAUGGCUUUCAGAGGCACAGGCGCCACAAUUCUAUGGAUUCAAUGAAUUCUUCUGCUGCAACUACUCCAGUUGAUUCAACUGCCAGUUUAUCUCCAAUGUCUGAGAACUUUCAACACACAAACAUGAAGAAGUUCUCCCACUACAUGGCCAAGUUAAUGCCAGCUAGUCUUGAUGGAGUUAAAUCUAACUCAGGCCCACUCCAUUCGCAGAGGGAAUCUUCUUCAGUGUCAGCUUCGAGCACACCAAGCAGUCCAACCUCUCGAGAAGUCCCUUCUCCUGAUCUUCCUUAUACCAUAUUAGACUUUAGUGAACCACAACUUCUUUGGAUAAAUGCUUUAAUCGGACGUUGUUUAUGGGAUUUCUUACAAGAUAAAUCCUGGACUGACAAAGUUAUGGAAAAGUUACAGAAAAAACUCAGCAAAAUUCAUGUACCUUAUUUCAUUGAAGAACUAAAAAUUACAGAUAUCGAUUUAGGUACUUCGAUUCCGAUUCUUCAGAAGUCCUCUAAACCCUAUCUGGACGAACGUGGUUUCUGGGUUGACCUGCAGACGAUGUAUACUGGUGGUUUCAAGAUGACUAUUUCUACUAAGGUUAAUUUAAUGAAACUUAAGAAAAAGUCACUUGAAAAAUCUCCAGUUCUUACAAGCAGACGUUCUGCAGUGACGGAUUCUAAUGAAGAAGAUAGUGCUGAGUCUUCGACAGAUGAAGAGCCUGAGGAUAAUGGUAUAGACGAGAGCAGCGGAGUUCCACAGAUUGGCAGCAGUGGCAGUGGAGCUAGCCGCAAGAUCCUGCGAUACAUUGACAUGAUAACACAGUCCAAGUAUUUCCAGCAAGCCACUGAGUACAAGUAUAUAAAGAAGGCAAUGGAAGGUGUAUCCAACACGCCACUGAUUCUUACUGUUGAGGUACAUUGUCUCAAUGGGGUACUCACCAUUAAUGUGCCACCCCCACCUACAGAUAGAUUGUGGUAUGGUUUUCGUGAUAAUCCACAACUGACUCUUGUGGCUAAACCUAAGGUUGGAGAAAGAGAAGUGACUGUUACCCAUAUCACUGAAUGGAUUGAGAAGAAAUUAACCAUUGAAUUCCAGAGGUUACUUGUUUUACCAAAUAUGGACGAUCUUUUGAUUCCAAUCAUGAUAAAUCCUGUGGAGGAAUUUUUGUCACUGAUUACGACAACAGUGCACUAACAGACACAAACAAAAAAAC